AUAACGGGAAUUCCCAUGGCCCGGGCUCCGGCAUCCAACCUGCUGCCGCCGCGGCCCUGCCGAGCCGAGCGAGCGCCGCGCGCAGAGCACACGCUCGCGCCCCAGCUCCCCUCCUCCGCGAUUCUUGACCGUGUCCUCUGACCGCAGCUUCCGCGAGACCCCGGAGCACGGCCCCGGAGCGAAGAAGAAAGGCAGGCAGGCAGGCGCAGUGUGCGCCCCGCGGAGCCCGCGACCCCUGCCCGCUGCCGGCUGCCUGGCCCGGCUGGCACUAUGCUGCCCGCGCGCUGCGCCCGCCUGCUCACGCCUCACUUGCUGCUGGUGUUGGUGCAGCUGUCCCCGGCUCGCGGCCACCGCACCACCGGCCCCAGGUUUCUAAUAAGUGACCGUGACCCUCAGUGCAACCUCCACUGCUCCAGGACUCAACCAAAACCCAUCUGUGCCUCAGACGGCAGGUCCUACGAGUCCAUGUGUGAGUUCCAGCGAGCAAAGUGCCGAGACCUGACCCUGGGUGUGGUCCACCGAGGUAGAUGCAAAGAUGCUGGCCAGAGCAAGUGCCGCUUGGAGCGGGCUCAAGCCCUGGAGCAAGCCAAGAAGCCUCAGGAGGCUGUAUUUGUCCCGGAGUGCAGCGAAGAUGGCUCCUUUACCCAGGUGCAGUGCCAUACUUACACGGGGUACUGCUGGUGCGUCACCCCAGAUGGGAAGCCCAUCAGUGGCUCUUCUGUGCAGAAUAAAACUCCUGUAUGUUCAGGUUCAGUCACCGACAAGCCCUUGAGCCAGGGUAACUCUGGAAGGAAAGUCUCUUUUCGGUUCUUUUUAACCCUCAAUUCAGACGAUGGGUCCAAGCCGACACCCACGAUGGAGACUCAGCCGGUGUUCGAUGGAGACGAAAUCACAGCUCCUACUCUAUGGAUUAAACACUUGGUAAUAAAGGACUCCAAACUGAAUAACACCAACAUAAGAAAUUCAGAGAAAGUCCACUCGUGUGACCAGGAGAGACAGAGUGCCCUGGAAGAGGCCCGACAAAAUCCCCGCGAGGGCAUCGUCAUCCCCGAGUGUGCUCCCGGGGGGCUCUAUAAGCCAGUGCAGUGCCACCAGUCCACUGGCUACUGCUGGUGUGUGCUGGUGGACACGGGGCGCCCACUGCCUGGGACCUCCACUCGCUACGUGAUGCCCAGUUGUGAGAGUGACGCCAGGGCCAAGAGCACGGAGGCUGAUGACCCCUUCAAGGACAGGGAGCUACCAGGCUGUCCAGAAGGGAAGAAAAUGGAAUUUAUCACCAGCCUUCUGGAUGCGCUUACCACUGACAUGGUGCAGGCCAUUAACUCAGCAGCACCCACUGGAGGUGGGAGGUUCUCGGAGCCAGACCCCAGCCACACCCUGGAGGAGCGAGUGGUGCACUGGUACUUCAGCCAGCUGGAUAGCAACAGCAGCAGCGACAUUAACAAGCGUGAGAUGAAGCCCUUCAAGCGCUACGUGAAGAAGAAAGCCAAGCCCAAGAAAUGUGCCCGGCGUUUCACUGACUACUGUGACCUGAACAAGGACAAGGUCAUUUCACUGCCUGAGCUGAAGGGCUGCCUGGGUGUUAGCAAGGAAGGACGCCUCAUCUAAGGAGAACAAACUCCAAGGGCAGGUGGAGAGUCCAGGGGAACAGGACCAACCCGACCGUCAGACGCCUAACCUUCAGCAUUGCCCACGGCCCAGCCACACCCUGUGUAAUAAGCGGUGCCCACCAUGUUUGCACUUUUAAUGACUCUUACUUUCACGUUUUGUUUUUGGUUUCAUUUUUAAACACCAAUAUCUAAUACCACAGUGGGGAAAGGAAAGGGAAGAAAGACUGUUUAUUCUUUUUCUUAUUGUUAAGUUUUUGAUUUGCUACUGACAACUUUUAGGUUUUGGGGGGGAAGGGAGGGUGUCGUCGGGGCUGAGAAGAGAUUUAUAUACUGUACAUAAAUAUAUAUGUAAAUUGUAUAGUUCUUUUGUACAGGUGUUGGCAUUGCCGUUUGUUUAUUCCUCCCCUCUCCAUGCUGUGGGUUGUGGGCACGCUGGACACACACAUGGUCCCGCUUUCUAGAACCCGGGACACUAUCCUCAGCCUACCUGAUUCUGUUUGGAGACUGGUACUUAUGUAUCUGUAGAAGGGGGGCCCUGUGAUCGUGGCUCCACCGGCUCUUUUUUGGUGGGAGAACCGUGCUGCCUUAAGCCAUUUGUUGUCAACGUUGACAAGUCGCUUGGCCUUCUCCUGGGAGACUGAGUUAGGAGAGGUGGGAUUGCCCCUGGAGAGGGGGCAGUCCAGGUCUGUGAGUAGCCGGCACAGGCACCAGCCUCGCUUGGCCCAUGUGUUCAUGGUAUCCAGACCCCCGGGGACCCUGGGCCAGUGGGUGCACCAGUAUCUUAGUGAACCCCUGGGCAGACUAUCCACAAAGCUUAGGUCAGUUUAAACAUUUUCAUCCAUGUUUGGUAUCAGCACUGUAUACAGCAUGGGGGGGGGGACAAAGAAGAAAAAGACACACAGCAGGUUUUUUAUUUUUGUUUUAGUAGAUGUUUCAUAUCUGAGCAGUGGGGGGAGGAGGACAGAAAGCCUGCACCCAGGACUGUGGCGCCAACAGGAAAACUUAGAGGCGCCCAGAGACACGGCUGUCUUAGCACGAGGCAGACAGCUUUGACCUCACCUCUCCUCCACGCCCACUGUUGUCCUCAGUGGUGUCUCGGGCCUGAGAGUGAGUGGGGUUGGUCACCUUGUUGGUAACAGUAUAGUUGUUCAAUUGUUUUUCUUAACCCAAUGCUGAGGUUCUUUUCCCUUAAAUUCUAUUCCCUUAAAUUUUCUUGUGGUCUUCCAGCUUUUAGGCCAUUUCUAGACAUGAAACUGAUCUUGGACCUGCUACUUCUGCCUCCUGAGAAGGGCAGAAUAAUGGGCCAGCUGUGGGGAAGCCCAGGCCUAGCUUUCCCCAGGGAUUUUGCUGGGAUGCCCAGUGUGGGCGGCACAGCCUUGGGGUCAGCUGCACAGCUUCCUUUGUCCGGGUGGUGUGCCCACCUAGGGGGCCUCCAGACAGACUGACAGUGACCCUUAGUGCCUCUUGCAUGAGCAGCUGUGCUGGCAGUGAGGGAGGUCGGGUAGCCCCUCACCGGUGCCCUUGUCUGAUUACUCUGGGAAAUCUGGCCUCAUCUUGCAUUCCAGCCCAGUGUUCCCUAAGUGUCUCUGCCUUGGCAGGCUAUGUAUAGCAUUCUGGGUCUGGAAAGCAUUGACACCAUAGUGCUGCCCCAUGGGAGGGGCAUGGCCCUCCCAGGACGUGAUCUGAUGAGGUCUUGGGCUAGAGAAGGUCCCCAGUAUCCUGGAGAAAGUCCUAGAGGUUGUCUCAGGGACUAGUGAUCCCACCCUGGCAUGGUAAGGUGGAAAGGAAGCCCUUUCCCAUUGGCCCUGACCAGAAAACACAGAGUGCUGGAGCUGGAUGGACCUUGCAGGAGACCCCAGCCCCAUUUCCAGCAUGGAGGAAGCAUGUCCGUGGGGAGAAGGCACUGCUGUACAAGUCCAGAAUCUCCUGUAGGCAUCUUGUCCCUAACACGUGUGAAGGCUGUGGUUUUCCUUUGUGAGGGAGGGAGGGAAACUAUUUGUAGCUUGUUUUAUAAAAAAUAAAAAGGGAUAAAACUUGGCAA